AAUAUAUUAUUUAGUUUACAGUACCAACUGUCUUGUUGCACAUUCUAUGCAUAGUAUAGAAAAUCCGAUAUCGCAACCUCUUUUUUAUGUUAAUAUUGCUGAUAUUGAAACUUUACAAGAUGAAAUGUUUUAUAUUGCUUGUACAACAGAAAAAAUUUUUGAAUCCAAGACUCAUUUAUAUGAUCUUUACAUUGAUAACCAUAAUUUAAGAGUUUCAAAUCCAACCUUAAAACAGUUAUUGAAUUCAAAUAAUAGUGAUAAAAUUAAAUACAAUGAAUUAUGCAAAAUAAGAACUCUAUAUAAGGCAUCUGUAAAUGAAAAUUGUGAAAAUAAUGGUCAAGAAGUAUGGUUUACUGGAUAUUUCCUCUCAUUGAAUAAUUUAUUAUUUGAUACAUUAAUGGAAGUAUCAAAAACUUCAACAAAACUUUGGACAAGAAAUCACAUGAAACUUGUUGGUUUGCAUCCUGUAUAUGAUUAUGAAUUUUUGUCAGAAUUAAUCAAGAUUUAUGGAAUUGAUAUUCAUUUAUGUAUAGAAAAUCCUUUUUGUCCCUCAUUAUCAUGUUGUCAUUGAAAUUAAUGCAUUUAAAAAAAUACAUAUAUUUUUUAUCUAAAACAGUUAUAAAAGAAUUGUUAUUCUAUUAAAUAAUAAGAAAAAAUUUUAUUAUACAAACAUAUUCAAACAACAACUAUCCCUCAUGUACUGAGUGAAUUGUAAUAAUGACAGUAUUAUAUUAUUUAUGCAAUAUACAGUAGACGCUCAGUUAGCUGACAUCCAUGAGGAUUGGUAGAUGCCAGAUAAAUGUAGUUUCUGGUCACUCGACAGUUGUUAUUAAAAAUAGGCCUAAUAAAUACUAUAUCCCAUACUAAACCAGACCAUGCCAUAAAUUUUGUAUUGACUUGAUAUUAAUAUUGAAAUACAGUAAUUAAAAGCAAAUUUGGGUUGAGUAAGAAGAAAAAAUUUGAAC